CCUUUCACCUUAACCAAAAAGAACAAAAAAAAAGAGUGAAAAGGCAUGGGUGCGGUAUUUUCAGCGUUUCAAAUGUAAAAUUGGUCUCUGCCUGCUCGGUACAUUUGGAGUUGGAGGCCUUGCCGCGGCCAGAAUGGUGGGUUCUCUUUCCUACCUAGAGAAAGUGUGGUAACAAGCCAUUGCACCUGAGAAAGGUGUAAGGCUCUUAAGGCGUGAAGCAAAGAAAGUGUGGUGAAUGCUGUUAUGGAAGCAGGGAAUAUGGAUAGGAAGGCGAGCAUCUUGGAUGGAUUUGGUGAAGAAAUUGUCAGAAUAGUGUCACCUGUGUCAAUCUGCAUGUUCAUGGUUGUUGUCCUGGUAAGUGUCCUCAACGAUAAUUCAUCUUCAUCUGCAUCAAUAACAUCAGUAGCAACACUUGUAUACAACGAACAGUCCUCAGAUUCGGACUGGGAAAAAUUUGAGGGCGCCCUUCUGAAUGCCCUAGUAUUUGUGGGCGUUGUGACGGUGGUGACAUUCCUGUUGGUAUGCCUUUUCUAUUACAGAUGCAUCGCGUUCCUUCGCUUCUACAUGGGUUUUGCAGCCUUUAUAGUAUUGGCUUACAUGGGCGGGGCUGUGGCUGUUCUUCUUGUGCAAGCUCUGUCAAUUCCCAUUGACUGUAUCACAUUUGGGAUAGUCCUGUUCAAUUUCUCUGUAGCGGGGGUGCUCUCCGUGUUUAUGGGCAAUGUGCCCAUUAUUUUCACGCAGGGGUACUUGGUUUUGAUAGGCGUGCUUGUUGCAUAUUGGUUUACCAUGCUUCCUGAGUGGACAACGUGGGUACUUCUGGUUGCAAUGGCAAUUUAUGAUGUUGUCGCUGUUUUGAUCCCCGGUGGCCCUCUUCGAAUACUUGUAGAGCUUGCUAUAUCCAGAGAUGAGGAAAUCCCAGCUUUGAUAUAUGAAGGCCGCCCUCUUACAACCCCAACCCGCCGUCCUACUCGCACUAUCAAUCGCGAUUCCCAAGCAGAGGAUACAUUGCCCCUCUCAUCAAUUGAAAGAGGAGAACACUUGGAAAACCAGAGGAGUAUCUGGAAGAAAUCUAGGCGUUCCGCAUUGACAAUGAGGAAUAGCCUUGAGGGAACCACUCCCGCUUCUGCUUCUGCUUCGCUUUCUCCUGAGGCUUCUGUAGUGACUGCAGAGGCCGAAGUACAUCUCGUACCGUCCGCUGUUGAAGAGGAAUUGGCUCCUCUUGUAAGUCAUCAGGUAGGUUCUACUUCUUCUACGCAUGAAGAUCAGCACGUAGGGUCUUCACCGUUGCCUGAAUUGGAAAGCCUGUUGGACCACACUAAUGGUGGGCGGAGACAGAAUCCGGUUCCUCAGGUCAAUGGGAUUGUAGAACCAAAUGAAAGGUCUGAAGAUGAAGGAAUGGGGCUCUCUUCUUCAGGUGCAAUCAAGCUGGGAUUGGGCGAUUUCAUAUUCUACAGUGUAUUGGUAGGGAGGGCAGCCAUGUAUGAUUAUAUGACUGUUUAUGCAUGCUAUCUUGCAAUUAUAGCAGGGCUCGGUGUGACUUUGAUUUUGUUGGCUUUUUUCCAAAAGGCCUUGCCUGCUCUCCCUGUGUCAAUAUCAUUGGGUGUAGUUUUUUACUUCUUAACUCGUCUUCUAAUGGAGGCUUUUGUGGUUCAGAUCACAGUUAAUCUAUUACUUUUUUAAUACCACAUGGAAGUAAGUCCAACCUCAAAAUGUCUAUACGUCACUUGACCCAUCAUAAGCCAGUGGCACUGUGAGUAUAGUUCGAUUUUUGAUGGGAGAAAAAUUAAGGGUGGCCUGGUGCCUUUACCUAUUUUGAUACUGUUGUAUUCCUAUUUAUUGUUUACUUUAACAAUGCUCCAGUCAUGUGAUCUGGAUUUGUAUUUGAAGUUAACUUCAAGAAGAAAUCUAUGAAAUGCGUAUGAACAAUUAUUUUACCA